UAGGCUUUUUUCUUUUCAGCUCAACACAUUCUCCUACUGCAAUUAAGCUUCUUCCACACUGGUCUCACCUCAAGUACAGCCGGUUGAUAUCAGCUUUCGGAUGGUGGGCUCCAUAUACAUUGUCAACAACUUCCUAGUUUUCCUGUCAAGUUUCUUUAAAUUGUUUUUGGACCAGUCUAUAAUUCCAACACCACAUCUGAUUAAAGACACGUCCACAAAGGUUAAAAUAUACAAGUGCAACAAUGUAAUCAAUAACGAGUGCCUUACGUUCAGGAUUUGAUAUCAGUGUCUUCGUUCUAACUUCACAAACGUUCAUAUUCUUUAGUUCAUGCAAGAAAAAAUCAAGGAACAAAAAAACUGGUGAAAAUAUCAUUUUAAAUUUUCGUUUAUAUUGGGCCUGUAUUAAUACAUUAUAAAAUGGGAAAUUUUCUUCCAUUUUUCAUAGUCAUAUUUUCGCUUCCAUAUUUGGUAUCUCAAACGAAAGUUUACAAUAAACGAUCGCGUUGGAGAUGUCCCCCAGCUUUAUGCGUUGAAAAUACCAGUAAAAACAUUUAUCGUUGUUCGUGUCGUCCGGACUGCUACCUCUACAGUGAAUGCUGUUCUAAUAGGAUUAAUAAGACCGCUUCUGACCACAAACAACCCUAUCCUUCAAUAUAUUACAGUUGUAGAAAGGUUGAUCUCUCUUAUUAUUAUCAAUUUGACCGUUGUCCACCUAACCAUGAUGUUACAGAGUAUGUAAACAACUGUGAAAACCCUGACUCAGAUGAUCAAAUGCAGUCCAUUCCUGCUUUUGGUAAAACAAGUAAAAAACUCUACAGGAACUUAUAUUGCGCUCUCUGUCAUGGAGAAGAAUUCAUUCUUUGGAAUCUUUUAUAUAAAUGCUCUUUCAUCUCUAACAUGAGCUUCGAAAAUAUAUCCAGUUAUGUCAAAGAGGGAAAAUGUAGGCCAACUGUGGAGCUUCCUUCAGAAGAUUUGAAGAAAUAUUUGUAUUCCUGUGUUUCAUACAUUUCGGAUUGUCCUCAGGAUAACCUUAAUAGAAAACAAAGAUUUAAAUGUGAGUCUAAACCCAUGGCAUUAGUAACAGAUCGAGUUAAUAUAUUCAGGAACGUUUAUUGUGCUACUUGCAAUGGGAUAAAAAAAGACAAAAUCAAAAAUCAUUGCAAGCAUGUACCAGAACGAAGGGUUAAAUCACGGAAAAUGUCUUUAACUAUACUUUUUAACUACCAUAGCAGUUCACUGGUAGUGACAGACAACCAGCUUAAGGAAGUUUCUGUUGUGCAGUUACCCUCCUGUCUGACACAUGCUCUGUAUGAUAUGAAUACCAAUCAAUGUCGACAAGUUAUCUACCAUCCUCAACUAAAUUGUACGACAACCACAUUAAAUGAAUCUGAGUAUUACAUCACAAGUGAUGGUCGUCUCUACUUAAAUAAUACCCAACGUUUACUGAACCAAUCAGAAUACACUCGUGAUUCUCAAGGUAUAAUAAGUAUCUGUGUAAAGAAUAAUACCACUUUCAUGCCAAAGUAUUCUACUGCUGAACAUUAUAUCACAUAUGUGGGAUUAAUUAUCUCUAUUCCGGCUUUAGCAAUCACUAUCAUAGCCUACCUUUGUAUACCUGAUCUUCGUACCUUACCAGGUAAAUUACUCAUUAGUCUUUUAUCAGCAUUGCUUGUAGCUGAGCUACUCUUUCUUAUUUCAUUUCAAAUAACACCAUCUACAGUGCUGUGUAUAUCUUCAGCAGUUGUCAUGCAUUAUUCCUUUCUUGCGACUUUCUUCUGGAUGAAUAUCAUAUCAUGUGAUACCUGGUACACUUUCUCAGGACUUACACAAAUUCGAAAUAUAGGGAAAGGUACUAAGAGACUUGUCUUGUAUUCCUUGUACGCUUGGGUCUGUCCACUUGUAUUAGUAACAGUAUCACUGAUAUUUGAGUACAUACCAAGAAGACAUGAACUUUCUCCAGGAUAUGGAAAUGGUACUUGCUGGAUUACAAACAGAAAAAGUCUGCAGUGGCUCUUUGCAAUACCCGUACUAAUUAUAUUAUGCCUUAAUUUCAUUGCAUUUAUCCUCACUGCUAGAGGAAUCUAUUUGACUGGUAAACUUUCUUCGAAAUAUUUGUCAAAACAUAAUAAAGACGAAUUCAUUGCUUGCAUAAAACUAUUCUUUAUCAUGGGACUUACAUGGAUAUCUGCGUUUCUAUAUACGUUUACAAGUAUUGAAGAAUUUUCUCUGUUAUUUUGUAUUUUGAACUCAUUCGUUGGAUUAUUUAUCUGUAUAUCAUUUCUAUCAACAAAGACUGUUCGUCGCAGUAUUCUUCGGAAUUUGCAUAAAAUUACAAAAUUCUCCACAAAAGAGCCUAUUGUUUCUUCCACUGAACAAUCAAUGGAUAUAUCAACAAAAGCGUCUGAUUAAUUAUGUCCUCCGACAAGUUUUCUACGGAGCGAAGUCAUUAUUAAUGAAGUCAACGUGAUGUUGGCUUCUAUUCUCUAUAUAAUCGCUUUUAACUUCUACAUAAUCGCUUGUCCUGAUAGAAUAGCAGACUGACAAUUUUCAUUCAAUGUUCUGUUACCCUGGAAGAUGAAACGUAAUCUAAAAUAUACUAUGUAACGUAUAUAACGUAAUCUAAAAUAUACUAUGUUUGAAUGUGAGACCGGUUGAUUUCUAUCGGAAUGUCUUUGAUCGUAGAUUUCGAUCUCGGCGAUCUGUGAGCGGUUUAACAACAGUCAACCAAUACCAAUAAUUGUUAGCACGAAGUGGGUUUGGUGAUUUUUCUUUUACUCUUACAUGUAUGCCAAACCUAUCUUAAAUCUGCAACGAGCGAGUGUAUAUUUCUUACAAGAACCAGUCAAAUACUUUUGUUCAUAUAUUUAAGUUUUGAUGUCCAUGUUAAUCCUCCAGAGAUCACACAUCUUCCUGUAAAACCUUGUUGCUCGUCAGUUUUUGUCAUGCGAAACAUAUCAAGAGACGUUCAUUAAUUAAUAAUUGACCCCACAUUAAUUAAAACAAGCCUUUUAAUUACAUAUCUAAUUACCUAUUUAAUUACAUAUUUAUCAAUAUGGAUAUAUCUAUCUUGUGUGUGUGUGUGUGUGUGUGUGUGUGUGUGUGUGUGUGUGUGUGUGUGUGUGUGUGUGUGUGUGCGUGCGUGCGUGCGUGCGUGCGUGCGUGCGUGCGUGCGUGCGUGCGUGCAUGCGUGCGUGCGUGCGUGUAUACACAUAUGUAAAUAUAUAUAUAAAAUGUCUGACAAAUCUUCACUCUCUCACUAAUAAACUGGAUUUGGAGAAUCCCGUAAAUCUUUAUAUACAGAGCCUAAUGUACAUAUGAUGAUAGGUAGAAAUGAAAUUUUAUAGUUAAUGUACGAGAGCUGUUAGUCUUGCAUUAAUCUUUUUCCUGAACUUUUGAUGGUACAUUUAUAUCUGCUGAAUAGCUGACCUCUACAACUGUUCAUGGCUUCUCUUCCUGUCCCACAGAACAAUAUCAGGUAAAUUGUGUUUGCUCCGGAUUGCUGCUUUUAUUGCAAUAUUCUUCGUUUGAGAAGGAGUGAGUGCAUUGUGGUUCUAACAUGCCUUUGAUGUAUCCGCCAGAACAAUCCUUCCUGUGUAUAGCACUGUAGAUAGUUUUUGCAACUAUAUUAUGUCUUAUGAGCAGCUAGUAUCACGCAGACAUUUUGGCGUAGUUGCUGGUAAUGCAGGUGAUAUCUUCCAUACUGGUAUAGCACCACUGGCAUUUUCUAUCACAUGGAAGUUUGAUGGAUCUUUUUCCCGUUUGUUUAUCAGAUAAUUUGUAGUUAUUUCCGCUUCAUGGACAGCGCUGCCAUAUCCUUCUAAAUGAAUGGUAAGGUGUUUUCACAGGUCCAGGAAGGUAUCUUCACAGGCCCAGGAAGGUAUCUUCACAGAUCGAUGCUGUUGUUAACUUCUAGCUCACGCGGUAUGUCCCCUUGCAUUACAUUUUCUUUUUGAGAAUGCAUGUAAUGUACUCAUUUCUGUUCAGCAGGUGUUGUCUGAGCGAUACAAUGCGACAUUCAAAGGCCGUUUGAACUGGCCUUAUACCUCUACCACCAUCUCUUCCUCUUCCAUUGACCUAUCGGUGUGACCGUUAAUGUGGAUAUUACCAGUGAUGGUUAGUAUUUUUCUAUUUUUAAUCUGCGGACCCCGUGAAGCGUCCAGUGCAACAUCUCAAAUGAUGGUGCUAGCACUGAAAGAACAAAAGCAUUGUGCAUUGUAAAACAUUAUCUUGCUAACUGCAGACAACUCUGACUUCCAUAUUUUCUGGAGUCCGCAGACUUUUGCUAUGCAGGCUUUAAUGCAGAGUGAUCCUUCUCUUCAUAUUAAUUGCUUUUGUCAGUUGUACCCAUAAUGUUACUAUAUAAGUACGAUGUCUUAUACCGACUGAUAUUUUCCUUGCUUCUUUUAUUUGUUCUUAUAUUUCCUUCGUUUAUAUUAAAAUUGAUUUAAUAUAUCGUGUCGUCAGGUAAAUUCUUUCGUUUCUUCUUUUUUAUUUUAUUUUAAUCCUUAUUUUUCAUCAACGUUUUUAACAAUAUAUCCUCUUUCUUUGUUUACGAUCUCUAGCCAACGUGCAACUAGCUUAUUAAUAGCCUUAACAGUAGAAAUCACCGGGUCUUGAUUCGAAGAAUUCAUCGAGCCACGUUUUCAGUUCCCUAUCGCCUCGCGAACUGUUAGAAAGCGAUUGAGGUAGAUGAUAAUGUGAGGGCGUUGUGUUAGGUGAAUGCGGUAGAUGCGAUAGUAUUUCUCAACCGAGCUCUGGUAAAGCAUUUGUCAAAUUAAUUACCUAGUGGAAAGGAACGUUGACAUGUUGAAGAAGCACACCGUGUCACCAGUCGGGUCGAUUCAAAUAGACGAUAUCGUAAAGAAAUUUUUGCUUUUGUCCACGAGCUGUCUGACCAUCGAGCAAACUGGCGGCGAAAGAAGAGUACUGGAGCUUGUCGCUUUCGUUUAGAGAGUGUGGUACACAUGCACCAAGAUUUUAGAUCUUACACAUCGAUUGAAAGCCACGGGCAAAGUAUCAUGAAAGCACCUUAUCUGCUAUUCCAAUUCCCUAGAGGAUUGGUGCUGGUCUUUGUGCGUGAGCCCAUUCAAUCGAUCUUCAUUGAACUGAACGGGUUGAUCGGAUCGCAGAGAGUCUGUGAAGUCGAAGCGGGAAAACAGUUUUUGUGCAGCUCUUUCAGUAAAGAUUCCUUCUCCGAACACCGUACAAAUGUUCCAAGACGCUUUAGCAGUUUUGGAACCUGAGUUAAAAGCUAAGAGAAGCAGGUAUCGAAAAUGCUCAUAUCUUUCUAAUUGGCACUGCAUUGUCUUAUCCAUGUUCUUACCACACAGCCAUAAAAUAUUUAACGAAAUAUGAAAACAUAAUUCUAAGCGAUGGUUAAGAGUGUGGUUUCGCUCACUGGCGAAGACUUAAGAUUAAAAUAAACAGGAGGUAAAGAAAAAAUAAAACGAAAUGGAAAUGACGAAAUAUUAGUCUUCAGAUGUAAAAUUGACUAAGAAAAAGUGAAACCAUGCGAAACGAGAGCCGUGUAAAAAGAGGA